AUUUGUAUUGAUUUUUUCGGUAAAGAUUAUUAUUAUAGAAUGGUCAAAAAUACAGAUUAUCGAUAUGAAUUUAGGUGAAAAAAACCUUGGAACUAUUUUGGAUUUCGGGGGAAGGAGGGAGAAUUAACUAAACAAAACUCAGAGUAUAUAGCUGUAAGGCUGAUUUGGCGGAAAACUACACUGAACACUUUCUUGCUUUCGUCAAUGGAAAUUGAUAAGUGUUCACCCCAUGACACUGACCUUGCUGAUGCUGAUAUUUCAUUAAAGCUGGAACUCCCAGAAAAUGACAUCUUGUUCAAGAAAAAGAUGAAACUACUUCAGGACAUAGGCUCUAAUCCAUUGGGACUGAUGCCCCUACGACUUUCUGCUAAUGCUGAUCAGAUAAAAAGCAAUUUGAAUUCGAUGCUUCAACAAGCUAGAAUCAUAAAUCUAGAUGAGCUAGAACUUUAUUUUGGUGGAGAUGAUGCCAAUAAUUUUGUUGGUUUCUAUAGUCCAAGGAAUGAACUGAAAGCACUGCAGUCAGUCCUUUCAGCCACUGAUGAGGCACUGCUCAGUAGUAGAAAUGCUAAUGCAACUGCAUUACAAGAGCUACGCCAAGCAACUGUUGAUGUGAUCUCUGAGUGCUCAAAUAGAAUUAGGGAGGACACAAAAAUUUUCUCAGGGUGUAGAAUAGAAAGGGAGAACUCUUUGUUGCAGUGGGGUGAAAGGAAUGGCGUGAUGUCAAAUUUGAGGAUAGCUUGUGUCGAAGGAGCGGGAAGAGGUGCCAUAGCAACUCAAGACCUGAACGUUGGAGACAUUGCACUGGAGGUCCCCAUAUCUGUUAUCAUAUCUGAGAACAUUGUGCAUGAAUCUGACAUGUAUUCUAUUCUGAAAGCAGUAGAUGGGAUGUCCUCAGAAACAAUGCUGUUAUUGUGGAGCAUGAAGGAGAAGCACAACCAUGACUCAAAAUAUAAGUUAUAUUUUGAUACACUGCCUGAGUCAUUCAAGACAGGUUUGAGUUUUGGGGUUGAAUCUCUCAUCACAUUAGAUGGAACCUUACUAUUAGAGGAAAUAGUGCAAGCAAAAGAGCAUUUACGGUUACAGUAUGAUGAGCUGUUCCCUGCACUCAGCAAUGAUCACCCUGGUACAUUUCCUCCAGAGCUUUACACCUGGGAGCAGUUCCUAUGGGCUUGUGAACUUUGGUACUCCAACAGCAUGAAGAUAAUGUUUAGCGAUGGAAAGCUAAGAAUGUGCUUGAUUCCUAUUGCUGGAUUUCUUAAUCAUUCGACGUUUGCACACGUAGUGAACUACGGCAAAAUUGAUUCUAAAACAAAUACCUUGAGGUUUCCUUUAUCAAGACCAUGCAGCAAAGGAGAACAAUGUUUUUUAAGCUAUGGGAACUUAUCCAGUUCUCAUCUACUUACUUUCUAUGGUUUCUUGCCACGGCUAGAAAAUCCAUAUGAUGUUAUCCCACUUGAUAUUGAUACUGUCAUGGAUGAAGGUUUUGAGGAGGGGGGAUUUACCCCUGGCUGGACAUCGCACAUGGUGAGGGGUACAUGGUUCUCAAAAAACCAUGGAAUCUUCCACUAUGGAUUGCCAUUUCCUUUAUUGGAUCAUAUGCGUAGAGCUCAGUGUGCUUCAUUAAAAACAGUAGCCCUGACACCUGAAAACUUGGAAAUUGAACUAGAAAUACUUGGAGAUCUUUGCUUGACCUUUGAAGCAAUGAUGGAAUCACUUGGAGAUGCUGAUAUCGAUGAGCAGGUUAACGCAGGGUGGGAUAUAAAGCUUGCGGUUGAAUUUAAAGACCUACAACGGCGAAUUGUUUCCUCCGUUGUAAAAUCAUGCAAAGCUGGUUGUCAGUUGCUAGAACGUGAACUACAAAAAUGUAUUUUGUAACUUUGAGGUUAAGCUACUGAAUACGAUUUUGCCCCCCCCACCCCCACCCCAAGCCCAGGGACAUCAUGGAGAAUACGAGGGAUCAAUUUUUCUAGACCAUGAUGAAGCAUAAAUGGGAAAUAAUUUAUCUGAUUCAUUUGUUCUAAAUUUCUAAUCCUUGAACUUGGCUA